GUCGACGGGUAUAAAGCCCCAGUCGAUGCCAACUACCUAUCCUCCCAAAAUCAUCACUGGCUAAUUCCUCAAGGUCAAGUCUACUACUACCAGACUCGACGGAUACUAGCCACUGUGCGCAUCUUAUCCACUUAAGCCCUAUCAUCCCUGUGGCAAUGUCUCAUAUCACUGCCACGCUUAUCUACACCCUUCUCGUUACCCUCGCGGUGAUUGGAAUGGGAAUAGCAAACCACACUUAUCCCGGCGCGGAGCUCGAGGCCGAACGGUAUCAUGCCUACGCGGUGUGGAACCCGCAUACCGCAGAUUUCGACGUCUCCAUGACCGACAGCGUUAUGCAUGGGUAUCUCCGCGAGCAAGGCUGUCUCAUGGAGUUGAAGCCCGAGCCCCAGGGGUAUGCGCUAGGCGUCAACCUCGUGACACACCUCGAGCGUCUGAUGAACGAGGUGGUCCUGGAGCUCUUGGCGCUGCUUCCCGGCCAGGCGGAGGACUACUUCGCGGCGAUCCAGGAGGUCUGCGAUCUCCUGUUUGGCCGGGGGUUUGCCAACGUUCUGGUUGAAGAGUUCAUGAAAGACGCCGCGCUGGAGGACCUGAACGACCUCGAGCUCACGGUGGGUCUCCUCCACCGCGCUGUCGAUGACCUCGUGCCGGACGUUCUCGCCCUCCUUCCCAAGCUGCAGGACGUGGUCGAGCAUGUGAUGCAGAUGAGAGAGGAGGAGGAGGAGGAGGACAUCCCGCCUGCAAGCAUGUUGCAGGAGGUUGAGCAUUACCUCCUCGAGAAGGUUUUCCUUUCGCCGGAUGUGGUUGCUGUCCUGCGCAAGGUCCAGGACUAUAGCGCGAAGUUGCAGAAAGUCCUUCCCCGGCAGUUUCGGGAGUGGUUCGUGCGGCUCACGCCAACCGGCAGCUAGAACUUCGAGUUGUCGCUCAGUGCGAGUAGGGGCGAGGACGAGGCCGAGGUGACGAUUGAUCUCAGCAUCCAGGAUAUCCUCAACCGCUGGGAAGAGCACAAAGCUUCUGACAAGCUCGAGCUCUAGGUGGUUGGCUGGAUAUCGCCGGAUGGAACAUCCCUUUGAAUCCUAAAUUGGCAUUUCAUUUGU